ACCAAUAGCAUACGGUAGCAUCAUAAAACCAUCGCUAAAUGUUUACCAAGCCAAAUAUGUAUCUCAUUCGAUGACCAAGUGUUGGUGCGACAGGUGUCGGAACAAUUCGGUGAGUGGAACACGAGGGUCAACUCUGGCGAUGAAGUGACAUGAUGCAGAAGAUGAUCUGAGUGUAUACAGUUUCCUAAGGACAGCAUAUCUGGAAUGGCCACGACAACGAUGGGCUAUCAAAUCCUAGUAUAUGCUUUGAACAUCUUGGCUGUGACGUCACUUGAUAGCAAUCUCCCACAAACUUGGCAAGUGGUCAAUAUAUCAGGGAAAUGUGUAAGACCCAGCGUGAUCAUACUACCUUUGACAACUAUUUCAGUAGACGAAGAACCAAUUUUGACCUGUCCAAUCAACAUUUGCAAUGCUUCCUGUCAGCCAGUCACAGCAAGCAGUUUUGUUGGAUGUCACUGUGACAGUGAUUGCGAAAUAUUUAAAGAUUGCUGUCACGGGCAUGAAACUUGCAAUGCCACAAGAUCGACGUCAUUUGAUACACAAUACCUUCCAUACAUGGUCUGCAUGAACAUAUUUCAUAAGUACACAAUAUCCGUCGUCAGUAAAUGUCCCCAAAGUGCCUCACACAGUGUAAAAAUGUUUUGCGACCAGAAUCCUUAUUCGAAUUUUCCUAACAUUAUACUAAGUGGUGAUGAUAGACAGUACUUUCAACUGCCCGUCACAAACAACGGCACAUUAUUCAGAAAUAUCUUCUGCGCAAGUUGCCAUGGAGUAAGCCUAAAUGACGUUGAAUUCUUGAAAGCGUCUGUUUUCUGUGAGAAUACCUUAGAUGAUACUGUCGACUUCAAAAAGGCGUCAGUUUACUUAGACUACACAAUUGGUCACAAAAGCUUCCUUUCGAAAUGUGAAGUUGGUGAUAUUUUGUUCAAUGACAAACGUACGUUCGUAAGAAGUUGUGAGGGAGAGCAGCAGUUCUAUAAGGGUUUCGUUGGAUUGGGGGAGAUUGUUUCAUCAUGUAAUCAGGGGUUACGACACUUCAUAAUUGAUUUUGAUAUUUUAGAAAAAAAGUGCGGUCGAAUUAAUGCUUUCAUUGAUAGAUACAGCAUCUAUGGAAAUACGAGAUACAGAAAUAUAUAUUGCGCGAGGUGUAAUGGUGUUAGCGACAACGACACAAGCUUAGCUUGCUCUAUGCGUCAUGAGCACAAAAGCAAUCUUGACAAUUGGGGUGGCUCAACAAAUGAUCUUCAUGGAUUUAGUACCUUGAUGGACUUGACUCAAACUAAAACAAAAAAAUGCAUAAAUCAUCAACACGUUUUUGACCUUUUCUCUAAAUCAUGUCGGCCACCUGUAAAAUGCGGCAUCGGAUUCGUUUUCUGGAACGGAACCUGCAUUCGUGAUCCACUGGAUGAAGCGUAUGAACUUCCUAUGACCAAACAAGGGCGGUGUGUGUCGGUGCGCCUUGAGAUAAAAUCCCCCAUAUUAAUAGUAAGUAACAAAUCAUAUUCCCAAAUGAAAGAAGCAAUAAAGUAUCAACUCUUGUCUUGGGUCACCAGUCUUUUCAACAUUUCGGAAAGCUUCGUUUUAAAUUUUGAGGUAAAUGUCAAUUUAGUCAAUAAUUUGUAUACAAAUAUCCUUGAUGGUAAUAUAUAUCAAGUCAUGAGCCAUGACAUAUAUAUUAUCACAUUUUGUGUCAAAAUAUCACCAUCAGAUGAUAUUUUACGUGUUAUGCAAGACAUACACUCGCACAUGUGGUUUGUCAAAAAUACAUCGAACGUGCACGCGUACGGAAAGAUAAUGAUAUCGAACCAAAACGCAUUACCGCCAACGUGUCGAACUGGUAAGCUCGUUCAAAUUGUUUUCAAUUCAACAUAUCAAGAAUUCCUUAAUGAAACUGGGAGGCUUAACGAUUUGCCCAGUAUGUUUCUUAUUUUCGAUAAUAAGUUUUAUAAGGCAAGUUUCAGGGUCGAAGGCAGCCAAAGUGUCAAUAUAUACCUCUGUGACCUUUAUGGCGAUAGGUUCAGAAACUGUUCAAACGUAUUUGAACAUUCCUUAGAUGAUUUUCAUGUCACAGAAUCGGCGUUAAAACAUAAGCUAUUUGGGGAAGAGAUUAAGAAAUCCGAAGUCGCCAUUAUAGGGACCAGAGUAUUAACUUGUUCUCGUGUACAAAACACGACAAGCACAGACUCUCAAAAUAUGGAAUUUUACAUCUCCGUCGGUGGGAUAUGUCUCUCAAUUGUGUUUUUAGUUUACACUCUUCUGACCUAUUGUUUAUUACCACAACUGAGGACCCUUCCAGGUGUUCUUCUUAUGCAAUUAGCGGCAAACUUGUCCCUUGCCCAGUUGGUCUUCAUGGUGGGUAUAAACAUGGACAUCAGUUGGCUACCUUGCAAAAUAAUCGCGAUAGCUGGCCAUUACCUUUGGUUGGUAGCGUUUUGCUGGAAGUCAAUCAUAGCCUUUCACACGGCUAAGACGUUUGGGUACAACAUGAUGGCCAAUGCGUCCAACAGCAACUCAAAGAGAUCCCUAAAAUAUUAUAGUUCAUUUGCCUACGGUGCUCCAUGUCUUGUCGUGAUUCCAUGCAUCGUCAUAUUCUUCUGUGGGUGCACAGAUAUUGAGAUCGGAUACGGUCCUUACGCGGGAACCUCGGGAGCAUGUUGGAUAAGGGAGCAAUACACACUUAUUUAUGCUUUCAUGGUACCACUGGGGGCGCUUCUCGCUGCAAACUUGACACUUUUCACUUUUACAGUGAUAACCAUAUGUAGACAAAAAGCAAUGACCUCUAUGACCAGAAAGAAUGAUGUCAAACGAAUGGAUGUCGUCUUGUACAUAAAAUUGUCGUUUUUGAUGGGAUUCGCUUGGAUUUUUGGAUUUAUAUCUGGAUUUACGGGAGAUUCUGUCACUGCCUAUUUGUUCACGGUCCUCAACACGCUGCAGGGAGUUUUUAUAGGGCUUUGUUUUGGACUGAACCGACGGGUGAUCAGAAUGUAUAGAAAAAGAUUGGGUUUUGAAGUAUCGCAAGAGACGGGCGCUAGUGGCACACUUACCACAGGCGUUCAUGGCUAACAUGAUACAGUUAUCGUAGUUUCAAAUAGUCACAACGCUUUUAAAACCCUUCAUCUUCAUGGCCAACAAAAUUUGUGUGUCUUAUUAGAAUUUACCAUGACUACAUUGACAUGAUUGAAGAGAGUAUAAGACCAUGAGGUUCAGGAUGAACUCAUGUGUGUGUGGAUGUAUUGGACGUUUGAAGAGAUAAUUUAUGUGCGGAUCGAUAUGUGGCGACGCGUGGCAUGGAGCAACCUCAUGGUCAAUUCUCCCUUUAAAUGUAGACGGGUAUAUCUUAAAUCUUGAUGAGAUGCACAACCGUGGUGUUCAAGGUAUGCCUGCAGCUGAGGACCAUCGUGGAGGUGCUCGAUUUACCACGCUACCCUGACGAUCAUUGAAAUGAUGUUGCGUCUUCAUAGUGGGGUGAUGUGAAGUCCGAACUCGGCGUGAUUAUCCUCAUUAAUUGAAUAAAAGAGAAACAUUUGCUGCAUCUUUGUGGUCUCUAUACUUAUUUAAUUAGUGAAGACCGAAGGCGGAGUGAAAGUUUAAUCUUGAACUUUCAGGUAUUUGAACUGACCUAUAACCAAGAAGCUACACAACGGUCUAUAGGCGGGAGAUGACAUAAAUCAGAAAUAUACGGCCGAUAAAAUUCCUGCUACCUAAACCUCCCGCAAAAAUCUACCGUAGAAUCUCGACGUAAAGUCCCAUCCCGUCGGUAUGUUUUUUCUUCACUUUCACGUCGAGCGUUAAUUUUGCGGCAGGUUACUUCUUAAACCU